GUUCAUGAUCUCAUCAGACAGAGCAGGGCAUUACAGAAACAUGGACUGAUGAAGGAUGCCUGGGAAGGGGAGCAAAAGAAGGAGAGGGAAGAAAGGAAGCAAACGCCCUUCCACAACCCUCGCAGAGACCCUGGCCUCACUCCAUACUCCCAUGACAGGGGGGAAGGCCACUGGUGGAUUUUGGCGGGGCCCUGGGUAUGGUUCAGGGUCAGACUCUGCGGAGUUGUACAGACCCCAGCCGGACUACGGGGAGCAGUACUUUGAGGAUCAAUACUCGGAAGUAGACUCUGCUGGGUCAUAUGACCCCUACAUGGACUGCUAUGAGGGUUAUGCAGAUUAUGGAGGGAGAGGGGAGUGCAGCAAUGUUAGUCUGCAGUCGGACUUGGGGUUCGACUAUGUGGAGGAUCCGUCAAUGGAGGUGGAAGUCCUCAACGUCACUGACAGUGAUGUUGAGUCUGCAGUCUCCAGGAGCGAUGAACCUCCGGCACCUAAGAUACUGCUCAAGUCUCUGCCCAGGAAGUGCUGUUCGGGAACAAGCAAGCCAUUCAAUGAGGCGCACAUAGAGGCAACCUCGUUCGAGGAAGAAAUUUCCUCUACUAGGGCACCCAGCCCCGGAACUUGUGGACCUGUACCGAAGCCUCGGCCAAGGAGGAUAAAGCCAGAGUUCUUCCGUUUCUGCAGACUCACCAGGAGGACUGGAAGGGUCUGCUGAAAGUCCCAGAGGGGGAGUUCCUCUGGAGUGCUCCUAGAGCAGCAGGUGAAAGGAGGACUGUUAGGGGAGGUGGCAUGCUCAGAACCGGGUUGGAUGUGCAUCCCCGCGUGUCCAUUGGGGCCAAGAACAUGUCUACAGUGCCUGUGUGGUUAGCAGGUGCUAUGUCACAAUGCCCUGUGUGUAUGUCUAAAGGCGCAUUUGUUUGUGUGUACUCGCACCUUUUGUGUGUCUACAGGCACUAUGUCAUGUCAAUGGGAGUGUACCAGGGUGCCCCGAAAGAGGCAGGGACUCUGCCUUUCUCUCUCUUACUGAGAAGUCUCCCUGGUAGGCGGUUCCUGGCCAGCCUUGUGUUGGGUGGGCACCGAGCAUUGCCAUGCUGUGUCUGUGGGUGUGCACGGCGGCCUGGGACUCGCUGUCCCAGAUUCGGAUGCUUUGGGAGCCGCAUCCCUUGGGAGGGGGUACUGUCACGGAAUGUUCCUCCCUCCACGAGUCACGUGGUAUGGUUCGCCACAUGCAGGGGGAUUCACGAUUGUCUAAUUUGUA